AUGCGGGCGGAGGAGCCCCUGGCGCUGGCGGCCCCGCAGGUGGUCGGUGGCGAGGCAGAGGCGACGAGCGAGGAGCAGGGCGGCAGCGGCUGCUGCAGCAGCGAGCGGCUAGUGAUCAACAUCUCUGGGCUGCGCUUCGAGACGCAGCUGCGGACCCUCUCCAUCUUCCCCGAUACGCUGCUGGGCGACCCGAGCCGCCGGGUGCACUACUUCGACCCUCUCCGCAACGAGUACUUCUUCGAUCGCAACCGACCUAGCUUCGAUGCCAUCCUUUACUACUACCAGUCUGGAGGGCGGCUCCGGCGGCCAGUCCAUGUGCCCCUCGACAUCUUCCUGGAGGAGAUCCGUUUCUACCAGCUGGGCCAGGAGGCCAUUGAGACCUUUCGGGAGGAUGAAGGUUUUAUUCAGGAGGAGGAGAAGCCCCUGCCUGAGCACCACUUCCAGCGCCAAGUCUGGCUGCUCUUUGAGUAUCCUGAGAGCUCUGGACCAGCUCGUGCUAUUGCCAUCGUUUCUGUGCUGGUGAUCCUCAUUUCCAUUGUCAUCUUUUGCCUAGAGACCCUGCCUGAGUUUCGCCAGGAGCCCAAGAUUGCUCAGCCUGGCUUCGGGGAGCUGGCUGUACUUGAUGAUGACAUACUGCUGCCACCGCCACCACCAAGCGGGACCCCACAGUCUCCACAACCCACUGCUGGUGCUGGCCCUUUCUUCACUGACCCUUUUUUCCUCAUUGAGACACUGUGCAUCAUCUGGUUCUCCUUUGAGCUUCUUGUGCGUUUCUUCACUUGCCCCAGCAAGCCUGACUUCUCUCGAAACAUUAUGAAUAUCAUUGACAUUGUGGCAAUCAUCCCCUACUUCAUCACCCUGGGCACAGAGCUGGCCCAGCAACCACAGCAGAAGCAGCAGUCUGGGAGUAGCAGCAACAAUGGGGGCCAGCAGCAAGCUAUGUCCCUGGCCAUCCUCAGAGUCAUCCGACUGGUCAGGGUCUUCAGGAUCUUCAAGCUCUCCAGGCACUCCAAAGGACUACAGAUCUUGGGGAAGACUCUCCAGGCCAGCAUGAGGGAGCUAGGCCUCCUUAUCUUCUUCCUCUUUAUUGGUGUGAUCCUCUUUUCUAGUGCCGUAUACUUUGCGGAGACCGAUGACCCUGACUCGUUGUUCACCAGCAUUCCUGAUGCUUUUUGGUGGGCAGUGGUAUCCAUGACCACUGUGGGCUACGGAGACAUGUAUCCCAUGACAAUUGGUGGCAAGAUUGUGGGUUCCUUGUGUGCCAUUGCGGGUGUGCUCACCAUUGCUCUGCCUGUGCCUGUCAUUGUGUCCAACUUCAACUACUUUUACCAUCGAGAGACUGAUAAUGAAGAGCAGUGUCAGUACACCCAUGUCACCUGUGGCCAGCAGCAGUCACCCUUCUCUGAGCCCAAGAAGGGGGACAGUAAUCAGUCUCUCAGCAAAUCUGAAUUUUUGGAAGUGGAAGACCUGGAGUCCAUGAAAUAUUCCAAUUUCAUUCCCCCUGGUAAUCAGGGUUAUAAAGAGAAGAAAAUGCUGACAGAAGUGUGAUCAGUUUUGUUAUCCUGGGUCCAGGCACAGAGCUGCAAGCUGCUGCACAGCUGUCUUCGCACUAGCAGUUGGAUCUAUUCAGCAUUUACAUACCAGACUGUGGAUCGUGAUACCGUAAACGGAGUCGUCGUGAUAAUGGGCUCUUCUUUCCAGAUAUGCUGUUUCUUGUUGCUGUGUGCAGUCAGAAAUGUUCUUGCUUUGUUCUGUGGAGUGCUAGCUGUCAUUCCCUGCUCAUGGAUGGUUUUUUUUUAGGAUCACUGUAAUCCAAUUUUAGCUUAGAAGCCUAAUCUUUCUACUCCACUAGCGAAGAAGUCUUUGCAACAACUUCAGCUGAAGGAUUUUGCAGGGAGUAAGUAGUUAAAGGGGCUAUGAACAUCCAGCUCAAGCUGUAUCCUUGGUUCCUGUGCCAGCUUGGUGGGAUCAGUCACGCCUGCAAUGCCUUUGUCUUUGAAUAAUGGAAAUGCUUUAGCUAGCCUCACAGUGAGUUUUGCAGCUGUAGGUAAAAGUCGGCAAACAGGUGCCUUUCUUGUUUGCAACAUUUGUCUUGCAGAAGACCCUCUUGUUUUAUGUUUCUAAAAAGUUGCAUAAAUAGAAAAGCACUUUGCUACUUCGUAUAUGCAUUUAUUAUAAGUGGGCAUAAAUGAUUUGACAGGCUUGUUGAAGAUUCUCUGUGUUUUGAUCUUAAGUCUUACUUGUGCCAGUGUCCUGAUGUUACUUGGCUUUUAUAGUACCAAGUUAACCUUUGUAGUGGUGCCUUCUCACUUUCGAGAAAAUUGAUUUGUUAUCUCCUCAAUUUAUUUCCACAAGUGUUUAGUGAUAUGUACUUUAUGCUUCAGGUACUCAGUUCUGUAUUCAGGCAUGUGAACACAGUUGACUCCACUGCGUUUUUACUGAAGUGUUUCUGUAGCUGAGGAAAGUUUGCAUGCUCGUAUUAUGUUGAUAUUGCCAAAAAACACAACUACCUGUGCUGUCUCAAAAUUCCACUGAUAUUGUGGGUCACAGUCAUAAAUUAUUCCUGGGUAUUGGCAUUAGAGGCUGGCCUUUACACCAGCUUCUGCACAAACUCAAUAGCAUACCCUAGAACUUUAAAAUGAGAGGAAAAAGAGGUAAACUUGAAAUGCUAUUUUUGCUUUAUUAUUGAUUCAAACAGUUCUGGGUAUUUCUUAAAUUGAAAGCACAGAAAUGAUUUUUUCAUGCACUAGAUUUUGUAAGUGCAACUUACAGUAGCAAUGCAAAAUACAUUCCUUAGCCUGCAUUGCUGGGCUUGUCAAGGGACCAGAGAAUUUCAUUUUAAGAUGCAUGUUUUUCUUCACAGAUCACAUUUAUCUCUGCCUAUUCCCUAUUUUAAAAUGUUUCAAAUGCUGCUAGUGGAUGAAAAGGGAAAACAAAUACUUUCAGAUUCUAUUUGUAAACUUUCAUGCAAAUACAUAUAUUGUUUUUGUUUUUAAAUGUGAUUGUAUGUUCUGCAUUCAUAUGUGUGCAUGUGUUUGAAAGCAAAGACAGGCGGAAUCAUAGUAUCAUAGAACUAUAGAACUGCCUUAGGUUGGAGGGACUUUAAGAUAAUCUAAUUCCAACACCCAUGCCAUGGCCAGGGUUGCCAGCCACUAGGUCAGGCUGCCCAGUAUUCCAUCCAACCUGGCUUUGAAAUCCUACGGGAAUGGAGCAUCCGCAGCAUCUCUGGGCAACAGUGCCUCACUACCCUCUGAGUAAAGAAUUUUUUCCUAAAUUCUAACUUAAAUCUUCCCACUCUUUUAAUUGAAAGUCCUUCCUUUUUGUUCUGUCACUAUCAGACCGUGUAAAAAUCAGUCUCCCUUCUGCUUAUUAGCCUCCCCUACAGGCCACAAUGAGGUUUGCUCAUGGCCUUCUCCAAGCUUGCCAAGCCCAGCUCCCUCAAUUUUUUUCUUUGUGAUAGAUGUGCUCCAGCCCCUUGAUCACCUUCAUGACCCUCCUCUAGAUCUGCUUCUGUAGCUCUGCAAUUUUCUUGUGCUGGGAGUCCCAGGCCAGAACUCAGAACUCCAGAUGAGGCCUCACAAAGGCAGAGUAAAGGGUACAGUCACCUCCUUUGCCCUGCUGGCUAUCCCUCUUUUGAUGUAGCUCAGGAUACUGUUGGCUUUCUGGAUUGCAGGCACACAUAGCUCGCUCAUGUCUAGCUUUUUGUCCACCAGGAUCCCCAAGUCCUUCUCCACAGGGCUGCUCUCAAGUUCUUCUCCCAGUGUAUACCCAGCAUAUCUGGGAUUAUCCUGAUCCAAGUGCAGAGUGUCGCACCUGGCCUUGUUGAAUCUCAUUAUUUCCUGUGGGCCCAAUUUUCAAGCCUGUCCAAGGCCCUCUG